AUGAAUAUUCCGCUGCAGUCGGCAACGACUUGGAAAGCUGUGGUGACGGUUCUUCAGUUGUUAGCUAUUGCGAUUACUGCUUUACGGCUCUUCCUGCGACAUCGAAGGCAGACGUUAUGGGUGGACGAUAUCACAGUGGCUUUGGCGCUUGUCAUGGAAUUAGUUGGUAUGAUCGUUAUGUGGUUCGUCUAUGUCCAAGACGACAAUUCUACGGUGAAAGGCAGAGUUGCGUUAUAUUGGUUUGCAUCGAUCGCGUGGAUAACCACCUUAUGGCUCACUCGUAUCACCAUGAUUUUAUCUAUAACACGGAUAUUCCCUGACUGGGGAACUAUUCGAAGGAAUUGCAGAGGGAUUGCUAUAUCCUUCGGUAUAUUCUACAUUGGAUUUAUCUGCUGGUUAUGCACGAGUGCUUGCGUCCCAUCUUCCAGUGAUGCGAUGACGUCCCGGACGGACAUUUUGGAUUGCAGUAACGAAAGACAUUUUCUGGUUAUUGCUAGUUUCUCUGCCGACAUAUUUUCUUGUUGCGUACUGGUUCUCUAUCCCAUGUUCAUUCUUUUCGUCCUUCCUCUCUCUCGUGGCCAGUAUAAACUUGUAAUGGGCCUUUUAAUUGCCUUCACACUCGUUCUUCUUUCCUCGAUCGUCUUUGGGGUAUUUUCAUAUAGUCCCAACAUCGACGGCCCUGGCCAACCAUUUGUAACCGGAAUGCUGUCCCAAUUGGAGGCCGUUUUAUCGCUACUUUCCUGCAACGUGGUUGCUUUUACGUCCUAUUUAUUUAGGAAUGGCUCUGGCGCCGAUGCAACGGAUGAUAGGAUUGAAUGGAAGAAGCCAGCAUCACCAACGAGAUAA